AUGCAUUUCCUACUAAAAUAUUCUGGAGCGCUUCCUAAUUUCCCUACUUCAUAUGCUGCUUUGUUAAGAAUUAAAAAGAGUUCAUCUUCAUCCCUCUUUGGUUCAAAGACCAGACUGCGAUACAGUAAUCCUUUAUUAGGAACACUGAAUGUUUCUUCACCAAGUUGGCGAGGAACAGCUCAACAUUAUUAUUCCCCCAUCAAUCUUUAUCAUCCCUCAGAUGCCUUCAAACAAGAUGAAAGUGUGGACUAUGGGCCAGUGUUUGUACAAGAACCAGAAGAUAUAAUUUUCCCGACUGAUUCCGAUGAAAAGAAAGUAGCAUUGAACUGUGAAGCUCGUGGCAACCCAGUUCCCAAUUACAGAUGGCUUCGAAAUGGAACAGAAAUAGAUUUGGAAAGUGAUUAUCGCUACAGUUUGAUCGACGGGACUUUCAUUAUAAGUAAUCCAAGUGAAGCAAAGGAUUCUGGUCAUUAUCAGUGUUUAGCAGCCAACACUUUCGGAAGUAUUCUUAGUAGAGAAGCCGUACUUCAAUUUGCCUAUCUGGGAAAUUUUAGUGGCCGGACAAGAAGUGCAGUCUCUGUGAGGGAAGGCCAGGGGGUUGUUCUGAUGUGCUCUCCUCCGCCUCAUUCACCAGAGAUCAUCUAUAGCUGGGUAUUUAAUGAGUUCCCUUCCUUUGUGGUGGAGGACAGCCGGCGGUUCAUUUCCCAAGAGACAGGCAAUCUGUAUAUUUCUAAAGUCCAAUCAUCAGAUGUUGGCAGCUAUAUUUGUCUGGUGAAAAACACAGUGACUAACGCUCGAGUACUUAGUCCUCCAACGCCACUCACUCUACGUAAUGAUGGUGUGAUGGGAGAAUAUGAGCCGAAAAUUGAGGUCCAUUUUCCUUUCACAGUUACAGCUGCUAAGGGAACAACUGUUAAGAUGGAAUGCUUUGCACUUGGCAACCCAGUUCCAACAAUCACAUGGAUGAAGGUUAAUGGUUAUAUUCCUAGUAAGGCACGUCUGCGGAAAUCUCAGGCAGUCCUGGAAAUACCCAAUGUUCAGCUGGAUGAUGCAGGCCUAUAUGAGUGCAGAGCUGAAAACUCACGUGGAAAAAAUUCCUUUCGUGGACAGUUACAAGUAUACACUUAUCCACACUGGGUGGAAAAACUGAAUGACACUCAGCUGGACAGUGGGAGCCCUCUUCGAUGGGAAUGCAAGGCUACUGGAAAACCCCGACCCACAUACCGUUGGCUGAAGAAUGGAGUGCCCCUCUUGCCUCAGAACAGGAUUGAGAUGGUUAAUGGAUUAUUGGUGAUCCACAAUGUGAAUCAGUCGGAUGCUGGAAUGUAUCAGUGUUUGGCCGAAAAUAAAUAUGGAGCCAUUUAUGCAAGUGCUGAGCUGAAAAUUCUAGCUUCGGCUCCUACUUUUGCAUUGAAUCAACUGAAGAAAACAAUAAUUGUUACCAAAGACCAAGAAGUCAUCAUAGAGUGCAAACCUCAAGGCUCUCCAAAACCAACCAUCUCUUGGAAAAAGGGAGACAAAGCAGUGAGAGAGAAUAAAAGAAUAGCUAUUCUUCCAGACGGAAGUCUACGGAUCCUAAAUGCUUCUAAAUCUGAUGAGGGAAAGUACGUUUGCCAAGGGGAAAACAUCUUUGGUUCUGCUGAAAUCAUAGCCUCAGUAUCUGUAAAAGAACCUACAAGAAUAGAACUUACUCCUAAAAGAACAGAGUUAACAGUGGGAGAAAGCAUUGUCCUUAAUUGCAAAGCAAUUCAUGAUGCUAGUUUGGAUGUUACUUUCUACUGGACAUUAAAAGGACAGCCUAUUGAUUUCGAGAAAGAAGGUGGACAUUUUGAAAGCAUCAGGGCCCAAGCAUCCUCUGCAGAUUUAAUGAUCAGGAACAUCCUUCUGAUGCAUGCUGGGAGAUAUGGCUGCAGGGUACAGACCACAGCAGACAGUGUGUCAGAUGAGGCAGAACUUCUGGUUAGGGGUCCCCCAGGCCCACCAGGCAUAGUGAUUGUUGAGGAAAUCACAGAAAGCACAGCCACACUGUCCUGGAGCCCAGCGGCUGACAACCACAGCCCAAUCUCCUCCUACAACCUGCAGGCUCGAAGCCCAUUCUCCCUGGGCUGGCAAAGAGUAAAAACAAUCCCAGAAAUUAUAACAGGGGACAUGGAGUCAGCUAUGGCAGUAGACCUUAACCCUUGGGUGGAAUAUGAAUUUAGAGUGGUGGCCACCAAUCCAAUUGGGACUGGAGAUCCAAGCACCCCAUCUCGAAUGAUCCGCACAAAUGAAGCAGUUCCAAAGACAGCACCCACCAACGUAAGUGGAAGAAGUGGAAGAAGGCAUGAGUUAGUCAUAGCCUGGGAGCCAGUAUCUGAAGAGUUUCAGAAUGGGGAAGGCUUUGGCUAUAUUGUGGCUUUCAGGCCCAAUGGAACACGUGGCUGGAAGGAAAAAAUGGUGACAUCCUCUGAAGCUUCAAAAUUCAUUUAUCGAGAUGAAAGUGUUCCUCCUCUUACUCCCUUCGAAGUGAAGGUUGGUGUUUAUAACAAUAAAGGAGAUGGACCUUUCAGUCAGAUUGUGGUUAUCUGCUCAGCUGAAGGAGAACCCAGUGCUGCUCCCACAGAUGUCAAGGCUACAAGUAUGUCUGUGUCAGAGAUUCUUGUUGCAUGGAAACAUAUUAAAGAGAGUCUAGGAAGACCACAAGGAUUUGAGGUUGGUUAUUGGAAGGACAUGGAACAAGAAGAUGCAGCAGAAACAGUCAAAACUAGAGGGAAUGAGUCCUCUCUCAUUCUGACAGGAUUAGAAGGAAAUACUUUAUAUCACUUCACGGUGAGGGCUUAUAAUGGAGCUGGAUAUGGGCCACCUAGCCGUGAAGUGAGUGCAACCACCAAGAAAUCCCCCCCUAGUCAAGCACCCAGCAAUCUCAGGUGGGAACAGCAAGACUCUCAACUUUCUCUGGGCUGGGAACCAGUCAGACCAUUGGCCAAUGAAUCUGAAGUCACGGGCUACAAGGUUUUUUAUAGGCAAGAGGGGCACAGCAAUAGUCAAGUUAUUGAAACACAGAAACCUCAAGCAGUAGUACCACUGCCGGAUGCUGGAGUCUAUAUUAUUGAAGUUCGAGCAUACAGUGAAGGAGGGGAUGGGACAGCUAGUACCCAAAUUAGGGUACCAUCCUAUUCAGGUGGGAAAAUCACUAGUGCCCAGUCGACCCUCCACACACUCUCCCCAUCUUCAUCAUCGGUAACAUUGCUCUUGGCAUUGAUGAUUCCCUCAACUUCUUUGUGAAAACUACAGACUUACCUUGCUUUGCUUUGCUUUAGACUGAAUAUAGCAGUGAAUAGAGUGUAGUGUAAGUGGAGACACAGGACCCUGAGAUGAGCUUUAAA